UAAUUUUAAGAUGUUCUUCAACCCAAAAGGCACAGUGUUCAAGAAGAAUGAACAGGAGGGACUAAGUAACAAAUAAUGAGUACAUGCUGUUGGUGUACACCAGGUGGUCCUGCCACCGUAAAGGUGUUGAAGAGCUAUGUUUCUGAUGCCCUGUCUCCGAAGGAUGUUGCUGCAGCCAACGAUGACCUCUGUUACUGUCUGGAAUGUGUGGAAGAGUACCAUAAAGCAAGAGAUGAGGUCCCAUCCUUGCACAAGAUUCUGUGGGAGAGGGAAGUUACCCGUCUCACUAACCACUUUGAGAAAUCCAUGAAAGAGGGUGAUGAAGAUGACCUCUACUUGGUGGAAGAAGACAGAGUUACCCCGUUGACCUCCUGUUACACCGGUCCUAAUUUUGAGAAACGUCUCCGGGUGCCGCUGCUAGAAGUUCUAAAGUAUCCCUACCUGCUACUUCAUGAACGUCUCAGUGAGCUCUGUGUUGAUGCCCUUUGUAAAAUGGAGGAAAUGAACUACUCCUAUCAAGUAGUUGGCAAACAUCCUGGUAUCUAUUUGCUCAUGGUGCACCCCAACGAAACGAUCCGCCGAUGGGCCAUCCUGACAGCUCAAAACCUGGGAAAAGUAGACAGAGACGAUUAUUACGAUAUCCAAGAAGUGCUGAUGUGUUUGUUCAAAGUCAUAGAACUGGGUCUCUUUGAAAAUCCAGAUAUCUAUAGCUCAUCAGGGGUUGAGAAAACCAAGCUUGUCCUGUUGCCUUUGCAUCUGUAUGAUACCACCAAUUACAAAAACUAUUGGCUUGGCCUCUGUAUGCUGCUCUCGGUGCUAGAAGAACAAGCAAUGGAUUCUUUGCUGCUUGGACCAGACAAGCAAAAUUUCAUGCAGUCCAUCCUGAACAUCAUGAAGAAACAAACAGAUGGUGAAAUCAAUGACCCGUUUUGGCCCAUCCUCCACUGUUUCAUGGUGAUCUUGGAUAAGCUGGGGUCCAAAGUGUGGGGUCAGCUGGUGGACCCAAUCCAGGCGUUUCACGCCAUCAUCAACAACGCAAGCUAUAAGAAGGAAAUAGAGAGCAUUCGCCAAAGCUGCCACAGGACAAAAUCCGAACCACUGUCAGACUACGGGGAUCUAACAAUGACUUGCAGCCAGAUUGUAUAUAGCUACAGCCCUGAAAAACCUCACAAGGACUCAAGAUUGAGGACUGCUGCUUACUUGGACUAUUGCCCAAACUUUUAUGAAGACAUGCAGACACUGCGGGACAUGUUCCAGUAUGACAUUGGUCGAGACAUGCGCUUGCACCAUAGCACUUUUCUCUGGUUCAUUCCCUUUGUCCAUUCCCUUAUGGAUCUCAAGGACCUGGGCGUUGCCUUCAGUGUAGUUGUCAUCCACCACCUGUAUUCGGAAAUCAAAGAGGUCCUCCACAACGCAAUCCAACCUCGUGACAAAGUGUCUGGGUUUUUCAUCUGGAUCCUCGUGGCGGUCGUUGAGCAAAGUUUAAAAAAAAAAUGCUUCACCACUUUGUGGAUCACCUCGGAGCAAUGGGUGGAGGUGGUGGUGAAAUGCGCCAUACUUCCGAGUAUGGCGUUCACCUGUGGUGCGGAGAGGGGGUUGGCCAGAAACGAGCCCAAAAGUAUUGCAAAAACACCAUCUUGGGAACCUGAUUCGAUACAGUCUGCUUGCAUGAAUUUGAUCCGGGUCCUCCUAAAGGAGGGCUACCAGAUCGAAGAAAAGGCAUCCCCGUUCCUCGACGAGCUAAAUUUGCUUCGGCGUAGUCAUGAGGACUGGAAGCUGAGCCCCCAGCAGGUGCAAGAAUUACAGGCGUGUUUGACUGAGAUCGUAAGAAGCCUCCGGAAUAAAUCAUUAAAUGCUUCCUCCCACGGAGAGAGUCACACAAGUUGCGUUGUGUCAUCCAGUCUCUCCAGAAAACAAGAUGGGAGAAGUCCAGUCCAUCUUCCCCAAGAACACUCAUCCUGUCAAUCACCAAAAAGGCAGGAUGAAGUUUUUCGAGAAAGAUCAUUGUCUGAGGGAAGAAAUGAGGGACCAAAGGGAGCCAUUUGUAGAGAACAAAGCCAUCAGAGAAAUUCAGAGUUCCACGUGGUCAACAUUAAACAGGAACCUAAAGAGAGUUUACUACAUGAAGACAGUAAGUCACACUCUCCAUUAGCAGGGGGAUGCAUGGAUGCCCAGAACAGUGGAAACUUUCACCCUACACCGGUGGACCAGAACGGUUCCCUAAACAAAAGCAGUUUUGACAAAGGCUUUCAGAAGAAAGGGGCUGAAGAUAUCAAUGAGAAGGAAGAGAAACCCAGAAUUGUCCAAGCUGAUCUCAACCACUGGAACAGCAAUCCUGCUUCAGGAGAAAAAAUGCUUCCAAAAAUUAUUGCAGAAAAAAAGUCAAGCAAAGCUGAGUUGACUUCGAAAUUAAAACAGCUUGUUGAGAAUAAGAAGAGAGGAAAUACCAUGCUAGGGCCAGAGAGUGAAAAGCAGCAGUCUGUUGAGGAGAAUCAGGGUCAGGAAGGAACAAAGAGAAGAAUUGCAAGAGAUGGCAGUUGUACAUCAAAUCGGGUACACUGCAAACCAGUGCUAAGUUCAGAUGAUUGUUUUCAAGUUGACAUUCUUUCCAUAAAAAAGGAACCCACUGAUAAUUUGGUGGAAUUUACGAGAACAUUGAAAGGUGGGGAAGAUUCAGAAGAAAGUAGCACAGAUGAUGAACUUAAUGUUCCCUUGUUGGAGAUUAGAGAGAAGCUGCUGAAGAAGAGAUCUAUAGUCCCUGCCAGCCGAGUGACAGAGCCUAAAAUAGAGAGAGACAGUAAAUUGUCCUUAGUUGCCUGUCAAGAAAGUACCUUAAGUUACCAGAAUCCUAUUCAAAGGAAGGUUCAAGGGGCACUUAGAUCAUUGUCUGAGAGCGAAAAUGGCAAGUUGUCUUCUGGAGCAGGUGAAUCCUCAAACCACGUCAUCAUCAUUUCAGACACUUCUUCAGAUGAAGAAGAGAACAAAGUGAACUUUGGUCGAAAAAGCAAAGAAGAAAAUGGGAGUGUGUCCCUUCCGAAGGAUCUUGAUGCCAAAGAACGAGAUCUUGUAACAGUCUCCAGUUCUCCAUUGCUGUACGGGGAAUGUGAAUCACAGUGUUUUGAGUUUGAAACCGAUGAAGAGAUCUACUCCGCUUGGCAAGAUAGCCAGCUAGACAUGUCGGAGGCAGAUGUCUCUCCAGUGAAGACAACUGGCAGGUCCACAUCCUGUGACUUAGAGUUUACAAGGCAGCCUAGUGAACGGGAUUACGAUACAGACUAUCUUGGGGAUGAUAUUAUUGAAAAAGCUGAGCAGGAACUGGAACAGCAGGUGAAAGAUUGUAAAACCAAACCGAAGCUUCCUGUCCAGGCUGAUGAAGAAGGUGUCAGCAAGGGAAGCAUAGCCAUUUGCUCAAAGUAUUUCACAGCCAUACCUGCUGAUGGUAGGGAGUCUUCCAGACAGAGUGAGCCAAUUACAUCCAGUACACCAUCAGCUGCAGCAGCAGCUGGACCUGUGGCACCAUUACUGGUUGCCAAAGAAUCCACUUCUGGCCCAAGGAAGAGUCUGGCAAAAUCCAGUUGGAUCAACACAGCUCAGCGGAGUCCUGAGAAAAGAAAUAUCAAGACAGAAAAGAAAUCGCCACAUGCAGGGCUGUCUAGAUCCACUCGUCCUUUUGUGGUCCCUCCCAAGAAAGUCCACCAUUUUCCUGAGCCGACAUCAACUGUGGAAAAGCUGGGCCUGAAAAAAAGAGCCCGCAGAGCAGCUGACCUCUCCCAGCGGACUCAAGACAGCCUCGCCCAGUUGCGCAGCCAUGGAAAAACAGCUGGGGAGCUUCCCCAGAAAAGGAGGGCCAAACUAAUUGAACCUCGCAAGAUGGUUGUUCGGAACAAAAAGCUGUUAGCCAGCCAGGAGUGUCAGUUCUUCAGACAGUCGAGACCUAAAAAAAGAGGGAAAGAUCAGGAUGUUCAGGGAGAACAUCCUAGGGCUCAAGUUGGAGAAGGAGCAAAGAGAGCUGUUCCCAAGUCCUUCAUGCAGUCUACCAGCAAGAUGAUGGUUGAAAAUCUAAAAGAAAGGCCUGGCCAGGCCAGUAGUUCUUCUAACUGCGUGAAGAAAUUGCUACCACAGCAUUCACGAGAGGAGGUCAGGUCCCCUACUAUACCUCUUUCUCCAGCAAGAGAGGCUCUUCCAUCCUCAAGGCAAGACCCUAUCACGCCUGACCCAAAUGCUCAAGGAGGUACCACUGGUGCUCCAGGCAAUGUCUGCUCUUCUGUAAGUGAAGGCAGUAGAGCCAACCCUUGUGUCUUGGCAGGUUCCUCUUCCAGUUGGUGUAACAAGAGUGUGGAUUUGAAUGAGAAUGGGUCUACCUUAAAGGAGGAUGUUAACCAGGAUGAGGAUGACUUAUUCCUGACGCAAAGGGAUCCAGUGGACAUGGAGCUUUGUUCGCAAAUGGAAAGUCAUAGUCGCCCGGAAGACAUAGAAUUAGAUGUUCUCCCAACCUUGCAGGAUCAACACCAAGGCGCUGAGAAGUGCAGACAUACAGGAUGUACUAAAAGGGUGGAUGAAGGAAGGCUGUUCUGCCAAAGUCAUACUGUGCCUGACGCACCAGACCAUGUCUUUGCCAAGCCCUGCGCGCUUUCCAGGCCUCCCACAAAGAAAGUUUUCAGCGCCAAUGCUUCUUCAUGUGUCGCCAGCCUCUCCAGAGACCUAGAAACCAGACCCACCCCUUUAGCAAUGAAGACCAAAUCCAAUCCAGCCAUACCUCCUGCAUUGAAGGUAGAUGGUUUGAGGACCAAGCUAACUCUUGCCAAUAUCCUUCGAUCUCAGAAUUUGAAUAACAUCUCCCAGCCACACAAUGUACGAAACAGCCAUGUUGUUGGUAAUGCCAGUAAGAUGCCUGUUCCACACUCUGGCACUGGACAGGAAGCACGCCCAUCCUUUGCACAAGCCAGCAGUACUCACAGCCAGCAUAGAGACCACCGAUUUUUCACCAAAUGCAUCCUGAAGUGGAGUUAUGAUAUGUUUGCCAACUCCAGAGAGCUUGGGCCACCAAAUCACCUCUUGCAGGCAAUAGUGAACCCUGUUCCAGUCAAAUUUCAGAACUAUGAUGACUAUUUUAACAUUUUCUUCCCCUUGAUGAUCCUCAACGCCUUUGAAGAGGUGGCAUGUGAAUGGCUGGAGAAUCAGAAGAUGAAAGAGCAGAAGCCUUUCUACUUGAACAUACUGAACUUCAACAUGGAUAUGAACAACGCAGAUUUCACAGCCAACAUUUCCCAGCAUGAUCUGGACAAUCAGCACCACCCCAAGGAGGAUGACUUGGUCUUCCUAAUAGGGUCUGACAAACGGUCCUCCUAUGAUGAACAAGAGGGGAAGAAAUGUGUAGUGCGCCAUGUUGGCUUCGUGACUCGUUUUUCUCAUUCUUCCGUUCAUGGUACUAAAAAGAAAGAGCAACAGAUUACUUGUCACCUCUCCAUCCAGACUCAAGGAAAUCUGUCCCGUAUUGACAAAGAAGUGAAAUGCAUUGUGGUCAGCUCCUUGGCGACGACACAGCGAAGGUUCCAGGCCCUCUUGAUGCUGAAACGAAGCCCACUAGCCAUGCCAAUCCUGUGUCCAAGCUCCUCCUACUUCUCUCCAAGAGAUUUGAACACCGAGUCUGAGAAACCUGUUUCUUACAUGAAGGACUUCAAUGAAGAUCAAAGGCGAGCUAUUGAAAGUGCUUAUGCCAUGAUAACACAGCACCCAACUUUGCCCAAGGUCUGCUUAAUCCAUGGACCACCUGGGACAGGGAAAUCAAACAUGAUUGUUGGGCUUCUCCACCGCAUCCUUGGCGAGAGAUCGGGAAACGAGAAUCCCGUGCAGAGGCUGAAUACCAAGAUCAAGAGGAACCGUGUGUUGGUUUGUGCACCCUCUAAUGCUGCCAUUGAUCAUCUCAUGAAAAAAAUAAUUUCGGAAUUCAAAAAACUCAGUGGGAAAAAUCCUUUAGGCAAUUGCGGCAACAUAAACCUGGUCAGGCUAGGACAGCAAAAAUCGAUCAACAGCAAAGUCCGGAAAUUCAGCUUGAACGAUCAGAUUGAUCACAAGAUCAAUAAAGCAAUGCUUGGCAAAGUUCAAGAUCUCCAAAAGAAGAAGGAAGAUUUGGAUCGACGGUUGGACAUGCUUUCUCGCCAACGGGCCAUGGACAGAAGCGAGAAGAAACAGCAGUUGGAUGAGGAAAUUCGCCAUCUUUCCAAGGAGAGGGAGCAUCUGGCUUCUCAACUGAAAGAGGCUCGCGGGCGAUCUCAGGAAUUGAAAGCAAGCAUCAUCUUGGAAUCCCACAUCAUUUGCUGCACCCUGAGCACAAGCGGAGGGGAGCUGCUGAAGUCAGCUUUCCGGAGGCUGGGUGGGGACCCCGUGAGCUGCGUCAUUGUGGAUGAGGCAGGGCAGACGUGUGAAAUUGAGACCCUCAUUCCGCUGAUUUAUGACUGUAAGAAGCUGGUCCUGGUCGGAGACCCCAAACAGCUCCCUCCCACCAUAAAGUCCAUGAAAGCACAGGAUUACAGAUACGACCAGUCUCUGCUAGGCCGCCUCUGCAGGCAUCUUAGGGACCAAGAUCAAGAAAAUGCUUUUGGAAAAUGUCCAGUCUUUCAGCUGAAAAUUCAGUAUCGGAUGCACCCAGAGAUCUGCCUUUUUCCUUCCAAGUAUAUCUACGAAGGGGUCUUGAUCACAGACAGGAAAACAGCAGAAGAUCGCUUCUCAUUGGAGUGGCAUUUCCAACCCUACUUGCUUUUUGAUGUCUUGGACAGCCGCGAAGAACGAGAAAACGACUCCUAUUUUAAUCCCCAAGAAGUGAAGCUGUUGACAGAAUUAAUGAAGGUAAUUAAGGGGACAAAGAAGGACAUUAGUUGCCAUCAAAUUGGAAUCGUCACUCCUUAUAAUGCGCAGAAAAGGAGAAUACAGAAACAGCUGGAUAAAGAGUUUGGAGAAAAUAGUGCUGGGGAAGUUGACACCGUGGAUGGAUUCCAGGGCCGCGAGAAAGACUGCAUCAUUGUCACCUGCGUCCGGGCAAACAGCUCACAAGGAUCAAUUGGGUUUUUGAGGAGUCUCCAGCGCCUGAAUGUCACAAUCACCCGAGCCAAAUACAGCCUUUUCAUCCUUGGAAAGCUGAAAACACUAAUGGAGAACAAAGAUUGGAACGAGUUGAUCCAGGACGCCCAGCGGAGAGGCAACAUCGUCCAGACGUCCAAGAACAGUUACAAAAGCAGUGCCUUGAAGAUCCUCAAGUCCAGACCAUUUCCCCGCUCCGGCGUUACGGCGCCGGAAAGGGAAGCGCAAGGGCACCCAGGCACAAGUGGAGCCAAGCAGCCAGGCGUCUCCCGCCAAGAUGCCCACCACCCUCCAAUCCCACUUCCCACUCCCGCAAGCAGCAGGACCCCUCCAGAGCCACCUACCCACCGGCCACCCCCUUCGGCGCAGGCCAAACCUGUCCAGGAAAGACCGCAGGAUCCUCGUCUGCUCAGAAGAGCAGAGUCGGUGUUAAAAGCAAACAACCGCAAGGAGGGUCCAGCGCCUGGUUUGAGACCAGCCUCGGCACAGAUGUCCCCUGAACUUCUGGCUGCUCGGAGCCGCAGCCAUUCCAUGCCACAGCCGGACGCUCUGCAGGAAGCAUCAAGCCACUUUGUCCCAGCUGGACACGUGUGGAACACACACCUGCCAAGCAAAGUGCCCUGCGCCCAAGCCCCCGACCAGAGAACCCCCAUCCAGACCAAGCCGUUAAAGACUUGGGGCCAAGGAGACCCUGCCAAGCCCCUGGAAUGGAAAAAAGACCAGGACUCUCGCAGGAGGACAGUAGAAGUGUCUCAGGAGAAGGCAGGUCCUAUGGACCCCAAGCGUAGGCGCACCACCUUUUGACUACGAGACCCCGUUCCUUGCUAGGGGUCUGGUAUUCGGGUCUUCUCAAACAGCUUCUGCCUUUGAGAUAAAGGACGUGAGUGUGUGUGUGUGUGUGUGCGCGCGCGCCUGGGUCUAUAUGCAUGCGUUCACUGAACCAUAACCAUAUAACCAUAUGUUUAAAGAACACAAAACUCUGUAGAUCUUAGGUGCAAUGUACAUUUGUAUAGCAAACAAAAGAUUUAUUUUUUAGAGCCAGGGAAGUUGAGGCUGCCCAGAGAAGCGCUUCCGAGCAUGUUGUGUCCUGUGUAAGUGUGCAGCGCACAGUGAGCGAACAGCUCCCUCACCCAUCCAUUGAGCACAAUGUCAGUCGCGGUCCUGACAUGCGUGGGACGCUGAGCCCUGCUUUUCCAGGACUGAGAUUCCCUUUAUUCUACUCAUUUCAUUGCCCCCCCCCUCAAUUUGAUACUCCGGGGUACCUUUUUAAAUACCCAGAGGUCCAGUGCAACAUGUGUUUGGCCCUUCACCCUGCUUCAUUCUGGGCUUCCACAGGUGCCUUGUGGAAAACGCUGGAGCAGACGCGACGCCAAAAAGACGUUUGCGCAAAUGACAAAUGCUUUUGUCUCCAUUCGUGGGGAGAGCCUGUCAUAUUCUCCUCGCCUCCCUCGCCCGUUUUCUGAUAGAAGUGCCUCUUUUGGGGAAGAGAUUUCUGCAAGUGGAAAGAUUUGAGUUAUCUCCUGAAUUGGGCUGGGGGGGGGGAUCACUCUGUCCCUACCCACCACUGCGUGGUAAAUCUGAUCUUGUAUUGAAGUCUUGUAGUUUGGCGACUUGCGUUCUGUAAUCUGUUUUUCCCCAACAAGCCCCCCCUCUUCACUCUCAAGAUUUGGGGGGAGGAUACCAGAACGGAGAAAGGCGUCUUAUGCUGACUGCCAUUCAGUCCUUGGCAUUUUCAGUGGACACAGUUUGAAAAAAGCUGUUUAUGUUUGUUCUUAUAUAUAUAUAUAUAUAUAUAUAUACAUAUAUAUAUAUACUACUAUGAAUAACUUAAAUGUA